AUGCGCGCGGUGCGAGAGCGGUCGAAGGCGAAUCUCGCGGCGAGAGUGAAGGAAGAAGCGACGCGCCGCACGGUUGACCGCGCGGCGGCAAAGUCGCCGCCGCCGACGACGGUGUCGCCGCGCGUGGAGGAUGAUUUGAGAAGGUAUAAAGAGUUAGGCGAGACGAGGAAGGAGCUCGUGGAGGCGCGCGUGCGGGCGAGAGCGCCGGUGCGACGACAUGAAGGGUUCGGGGAGACGCCCGCGUACUUGCGACGACGAAAAGCCGAACUGUUGGCUGAGAUGAACGAAAACAUGGAACGAGCGCUGGCGGAAAUCGAACGGCGACGCGUCGAGCGAGCGCUCGAGCGCCAAACACUUGAAGACGAGAGGGCGAGGCGCGCGCGAGAGGCGGCGAAGCGGCGACAAGCGUUGCGCGCGAGAGCGGAAAUCGACGCCGACAAGGCGACUCCAAUCGAGCGGCGGCGGCACGCUUUGGAGUUGGAGCGCACGCGAGAGCUCUUCGCGCGCGCGCGCGUGCGUGCGUACGAAUGUAUUUGA